AUGAUGAGUAACCAUUUUGAGAUCGGGAUAUUUGUUUUGAUUUUAUCAGCUUUCAUCUUCAGCCAACUCUGGUCAACGGUCUCCUGGUUUGUGCUGUUCAUAAGGCUGUUUGCCAUCUUUUUCUUUGUCAGCAUCUUCUGGAACUGGUUCUAUCUGUACAAGAUUGCCCUUGCUGAGCACCAGAACAAUAUAAAACAGAUGGAAAGUAUCAGGGAGAAAUGCACUGGAGUGGGGAGAAAUGGCUGGAUUAAUAACGUGAAAGAGUGGUUCAGAAGCACCUGGACUAUUCAAGAUGACCCGUGUAAGAAAUAUUAUGCAGUCCUCAUGGUCAACCCCGUCCUGCAGGUACCUCCAACCAAGGCAAUUACAUAUACCAUAACAACCUUCAUCACAGACCCUUUGAAACAACUUGGGCAGGGAAUCAGCGAGUUUCUUCGAGCCCUCCUGAAAGAUCUGCCAUUCACUCUGCAGAUCCCAGUCCUUCUCACUAUUGUCUUCUCAAUUUUGGUGUUCCUGUAUGGAAGUGUGCAGGCAGUCUUUCAGUAUGGCAUCAUGGCACCGCUACGGCGCCCUCGAACGGAUCCACCGCCUCCAGAGCUGGAGGAGCCGCAACGCCGUCCUCUGAGGCUUGAGGACCAUCGUUACUUAGGAGGAGGUGACGCACCUGCCCCUGCCAUUGCACCUGCCCCUGCCCCUGCCCCUGCCCCUGCCCCUGCCCCUCCACCUGCACCUGCCCCUGCCCCUGCCCCUGCCCCUGCACCUGCACCUGCACCUGCCCUUACCCCUGCACCUCAGUAUGUUCCUAGGCACCGAGUCCACAAUGCCCGAAUACAAAGGAAUAACAUUCAUCAGCGGCGACCUGCCAGUGUCAUAGAGGAGCAGUGGACAGUGAGGAUAGAGAUGGAUGCUCAGCGGCACCAGGAAUGUCCUGAGGAACAGGAGAAUUUAUUUGCUGAAUCAGACUCUGAAAACCAGAAGGAAAUGCAUGGAGGAGUUGAAUGA